AUGUCUUGCCGCUCCUACAGAGUCAGCUCUGGUCGCUGUGUGGGCAACUUCAGCUCUUGCUCAGCAGUGACCCCUCAGAACCUGAACCGCUUCCGGACCAGCUCUGUCUCCUGCAGGAGUGGGCCCAGCUUCCGGGGUCUCAGCAGCUUUGGCAGUCGGAGCGUCAUCAGCUUUGGAUCGUGCUCACCCCGGAUAGCAGCUGUGUGCCCUCGACCCACCUGCUAUGGAGUUGGCUUCGGUGAUGGAAGUGGUGCUGGUCUGGGGUUUGGGGCCGGCAGUUGUGUUGGCCUGGGGUUUGGAGUCAGAAGUGGUCUUGGCUAUGGCUUCUGCAGUCCUGGCUUUGGUUACCGAGUUGGAGGAGUUGGAGGGCCAGCAGCCCCAUCCAUCACAGCAGUGACUGUUAACCAGAGCCUGCUGACCCCGCUCAACCUGGAGAUUGACCCCAAUGCCCAGAGAGUGAAGAGGGAUGAGAAGGAGCAAAUCAAGACCCUCAACAACAAAUUUGCCUCCUUCAUCGACAAGGUGCGGUUCCUGGAACAGCAGAAUAAGCUCCUAGAGACAAAGUGGAACUUCCUCCAAGAGCAGAAAUGUGCCAAGAGCAACCUGGAGCCCCUCUUUGAGAGCUACAUCACCAACCUACGCAGGCAGCUGGAUGUAGUGAACAGUGACCAGGCCCGGUUGGAGGCUGAGCGGAACCACAUGCAGGAUGCCCUUGAGGGUUUCAAGAAGAAGUAUGAAGAGGAAGUGGGACUUCGGGCCAAUGCUGAGAAUGAGUUCGUGGCUCUGAAGAAGGAUGUGGAUACAGCGUUCUUAAGCAAGGCUGAUCUAGAGGCCAAUGUGGAUACCCUAAUUCAGGAAAUUGACUUCCUGAAAACCCUGUAUGCAGCGGAAAUCCAGUUACUACAGUCACACAUCUCAGAGACAUCGGUCAUUGUGAAGAUGGACAACAGCCGGGACCUGAACGUUGACGGGAUCAUCGCCGAUAUCAAAGCCCAGUAUGAAGAGAUUGCCAGACGCAGUCGGGCUGAUGCGGAGGCCUGGUACCAGACCAAGUACGAGGAGAUGCGAGUGACAGCUGGUCAGCACUGUGACAACCUGCGCAGCACUCGGGAUGAGAUCAAUGAGCUGAACCGGCUGAUCCAGAGGCUGAAGGCAGAGAUCGAGCAUGCCAAGGCUCAGCGCUGCAAGCUGGAGGCCGCCAUAGCCGAGGCUGAGCAGCAGGGAGAAGCUGCCCUCAAUGAUGCCAAAUGCAAGCUGGCAGAGCUGGAGGGUGCUCUGCAGCAAGCCAAGCAGGAUAUGGCGCGGCAGCUGAAGGAGUACCAGGAGCUCAUGAAUGUCAAGCUGGCCCUGGACAUCGAGAUCGCCACCUACAGGCGCCUGCUGGAAGGCGAGGAGAUCCGGAUCUGUGAAGGUGUUGGACCAGUAGACAUAGCGGUGAGUAGCUCCCGGGGCGGCCUGGUGUGCGGGCCCGAGUCCCUGUUCAGCAGCUCCAGCCUCUGCCGUGGCGGGGUCACCAUCUCUGGAAGCAGCAGCAGCAGCAACAUCAGAUCCAGCGGCUUCUGCAGCUCCAGCGUGGGUGGGGCCCGGGUUGUGGGCGGCGGGGACCUGCUGGGCGCCGGCUCCCGAGGGGGCUUGGUGCUGGUGGGCGAAGCCUGCGCUCCCAGCGUCCCCUGCCCGCUGCCCACCGAGGGCGGCUUCAGCAGCUGCAGCGGCGGCCGCAGCAGCCGCAGUUCCACCGUCCGGUUCGUGUCCACCACCACCUCCCACCGGACCAAGUACUGA